UUAGAAAUGAAACGAAUAGUGUCCAAUGCCAUAGUGGCUCCAGCAAAUACUUGUGACGUUUGCGGGUUAAGUGAGUUUACGCUGGAGGAUGGAUUUUACUACUGCAAGGAAUGCGGAACGAAACUGCUCACGCAUCGCGAAGUGGUACACGGUUUCGGCGAUACGUUGGAUGCCGGGCAAUCGGUGCUGGAGAAGGCAGAUGCGGACAAAAAACAGAGAACUGUAACUAAAAUCACCAGCUGGGAGCAGAUAAAUCACAUUUUGUACGGUCUCACAGAACGGCUGAUUGAGCUCGGUGCCCCGCGUGAGCUAAAGUCAACGGUUCUACAGAUCUGGUGUUCCUAUCUUCGGCACACGGAAGUAGCUUUCUUCAGUAAGCGCAAUCGAUCGCGGCCACGUGUGGGGCUGUAUAAUCAGAGGAAUGACUUGAAUCUUAUAUUCAAUAAGACGGUUCCAAGGACGUCGUAUAAAGCCAAGAAGCAUGAGAUAAACACUACUACUUCACGGGGGAAGCGUAAACUGAGCCAAAAACUCCUUGAAGAAGAGUACGACACCUUACAAUUAAGCCAAAGUACUGAUUUGGAGUCAACAUUGAGUGAACUUUCUUCAUCCCAGCAAAGCUCCAGCGCUACCAAUGCCUCGCUCCCCUUCCAUUUCAGUAGCCAAGCGAAAAAAAGGCUUAAAGAAGAGCUCCACAUCGAUGAUGAACAUAUACAGUGGCACGAACAAGAAGCACCGAUUGAUGCUUCUUGUCAUUCAAUCACUGCUUUACACCCAUCACACCGAGUGUCCAGUGGUAAAUCAGAUGAUUGGUCCAGUAUGUGCCGAAAGUCGGUUAUUAUUUCUAUUUUAGCCCUCGCACUCAAUCAAGUAUGUAGCCAAAUUCAGAUUGGGGACGUGUUGCGUUGGAUAGAGGAAGGGCACCUGCCUUUUAACAAUUUGGAACAGUUGCUCCCAGACGGAUUGGAUGCCGCCUGCUUCUCAGAGACACUGCGGGACAUAUCGGUAAACCACAAAAUUGAGCUGGUUAGGAUAACAUCCUUUUUAGCUAGAGAUCUGGGCAUUUUGCCAGUUCAACCAGAUUUAACGGAACUUUGCAGACGAUAUUUGGGUGAAUUAGCCCUGCCUUUGGAUUUGGAACCUUACAUAGUUAAACUGAUUGCAAUAAGCCCUAAAAUCAAACAAGGCAGUACCGUAAUCAGUUUCCCAGCAUACGAGCAGCAUGCCAUGAAAUACAUACUUUUCGUAAUGAAGCUGUUGUUUUGUUUGGACAACGUUAUGGAAUCAAAAAUGGAUGCUUUGUCUGCCGACGUCAACCGCUAUCUCCACGACACACCUAAAACGCAUCCUCAAUUAUUCGUAUGGCACGAGUGGCAACGGUAUGUGGCAAUGCGGCGCGUCAUUCUGGAGCAAGUACAUUACCCAACAUUUCAACAGCGCGCUAACGGAAGGAAUGUCAGCAACGAUGUAGCAAGUGAUCUGCUUCUCGAUCACUCGGAAUCUUAUUUUAUACCAGAUGAGGACAACACCACCGGAUACCGGGCACCCCUCGUUGAUGCGAUAGGAUCUCGCGACGAACGUCGAUUCAGGAAUGCGCAUUUAAUGAUUACCUCUACAACGGAUAGGUUCAGUAACAAGUCCUUGAAGAGAAACAUUUGCUUCGAUCACAACUUACAACCUCAGCGGUCGUAUCUGGCAGCAUUGCUGGAAAUGCAACAACAUAGCCAUCUGGGCGUGUACAUUCCUGAUUAUAUGCGGACAGAUCAUUGCAAGCGAACAGCUGUUCCAUUUGUUAGUCCAAUGCCACUCAAAAAGUAUUUGCUAGACCAUCAACGGGUGAGACUGCAAACAAAAGCAAUUAAACCUUCGAUCUCGCAAAUCCACAUGGAAAAGUUUCGAGAACAUAUACCAAAUUCUAUGAGGUACCUGGAAUGCAGAGAGUUUACCCGAGUGUUGGAGGUGGAAGAUGGAGAAUUGAGUAGCAAUUCGGAUGAUCUUUUCUAUGUAUCCAACAUUUUAGAUUACAUCGAUGCUCGUGUCGAAUCACAAUCAUCAACUCAUGAAGAGCUGCUGCACAAAGUACUCAGUAGAAAUUUGUUGGAAAAUAUUCAGCGUGAUUUGAAUGCAUCUAUGAAUGAUGCAGCAGAGUUAAUUGGAGAGAAUGUGCAGGAAAGCAGCACGUUUGACCCGUUCAAAAGCAACCCGCCGAUCAAAGAGAAGCUUCCUGGGGAGGAUCUUUGCAAUGAAACGGUGAAAAUUGGAUUAUCCAAUUUUCACUACUGGAUACGGAGCGUUCCUUAUAACAGUUCUGCUCAAAAGUUCAGUGAACUUGACUAUAUGAAUGCUUUUCCGACCAGUUUUCAGUUUUUGCUGAGUGAAGCAGCUUAUGUGACGCGUUCCUCCCCAUACGAACUUUACUGUAAGCUAAACGAGCUGGAGAAAUAUUUGUUCAAAUGUUAUGAGCAGAUGAAAUAAAUUGUUUGUAAUUGGAUCAGUUUUCAUCAACUGAUUGGUAGGGGGAAAUAGGAAGAUACUUUGUA